UACAUUCCCGAACGCAAUCCCAUUUAAAUAUUGCCGAGUUUGGUAGCAGCAAACACGAGACACUCCACGUCCCAGACUCGCGACGCGGCUGGCGUGGCAAAGGGCUGUUACACGGCCAUUUCGAUGUAAAACACUGGUACACAAAUAUUUUCCACCACCUAUGAACGUGUUCACCUCGCGCUUUCUUUUUAACCUAUCUUAUUAUAAUUUUGCCUCAAGUUAAAUUGCUUGAAAAAUUUAGACGGCGAUAUUGUCUGUAGGUUAGGUUUGUGAUCAAUCUUGUAAUCGCGAGGAAGCAAGCGUGUAAUAAUACUUUGUUGUAAUAUUUAUUAUUCUUCGUUAGCUGUUACUUUAGCUUCGUUAGCUGUUAAGAGUAUACGUAAGUUGAGGUGAAACAUGACUCGCCCUAAGAUUACAUACACUCCCUAUUGUUUAAAAGCUACCGACUUUGGUAAAUGUAAGUUGAGAUCGAACAUGGUUCGGACGAUGUAACCACAUGUCUGACUUGGACUAAGAUCACCCUCUAUUGUUUAAAAGGUUCUGUUACAAGUAUUUCAAAGCGAGUCUCGAGAUUCAUGAGUCCACGUUAUGUGGACAGCAUAAAAUCCCUCGAAAAAGAGAGGGAGAAUGAUCUCGUCAAUCAUUUUAAAUCGAUCAUCAUCGCAAGUAUAUCACAUCCUGUAAACAUCGUCGCUCAGGAGCGAGGAGGACGCCUUAGCAGGGAGGGUAUAGAAACGGCGUGACGGCGUCGACGUAGGGUUGGUGUGGGUGGAUGCUCGUAAACGUGGCUGGCAAGCUACACAGGGGUUGAAUAUAUCCAAAGGAUGGUCGGCGUAGGCUGCUUGCCCAUCUGGUAGGUGGUAGUUUGCGCUUCACGGGUGGAAAAGCGGGCUCAAAUGCUAAUGAGCCUCGGUUUACUAGUCUGUCGGAGUGGAGGAAGCAGUAGGGGUGAGUAAUCGGGACGGGGUAGGGACGCGAAAGGAUCGAGGGAGAGACACGCAGGAUCGAAAGGGACGGGGCGGAAAAGAGGGAGAAGGACAGGGGUAGAGGGCGUAUCGCGUCCGCCUACGAGUCCCUCGAUUGGCCGGCGUCCGAAUGGCGUCCUGGGGGGCGCGUGGCGUCGCGACGCCGUGUCGAGAGUCGAGCCACCUCCGUGCACCCCCUUCGGUGCUCUCGACGACGAGGUGGACGCGAGGCGCGUCGUCGCGCGAGUCUUCUCCACGAGGAUGGAGCAGCUCGCCCAGUUCGUCUCCAAGAGUUUCGACAACGCGAACCUGACCGCCGUCGACGGCCACGCUUGCAGGAACAACGAACGACCACCCUCCGCGAGGAUCACUCUCAGUGUCGCGCACCUACUCGGAGAUCCUGCGGAGAACGAUUGCAGUACGUUGCCCUGCUUUCAGGCUCAGAUUCCCUCUUACCCUUGGAUCGUGUUUGUGCGUCGUUGCAUCAGGAUGUUCUUUAAUUUCUGGUGUUGGUGGACUAUCUCGCAGAGGUUGCACCUCGAGCACCUGGUUGCCACUGUGUCAAUUUUUCAAUUAUUUCUGGUACGGUCAUGUUUAACCUUUCAGGGUUUAGGACCUAGAUACCACUUAGAUAUAUGUAAGUGGAUUCAUUUCAUGUUUGACGGUGUUUGUGGAGCGAAUACAUUAUAACAAUGUAUUUGUGAUCUUUCUUGUUCGUUUGUGGUUAACUUGACAGUGGUUUUAAGAUGGGGAUACUCAGUUUCUGGUCCAGCUGAUGAUGAGAGUGAGGAGCUAGGAUUGCUGUAGUUCAGUGUAGAUAUGUCUAACAUGAAUUGGGUUAAUUAUCAAGAAACUCAACAAUAAGUGAUGGUGGUUUAUUAGGGAUUCUCUGUGGAUACACUACUUCACAGUACAUGGAUGUACGAUUUAUGUUUUAAGUGAUUCAGUCGGUCUUUUACAAUUACACAGGUUGUCAAAUCGUGCUAUCGUGAACUUUCAACAGACUGUUCAAACCUCCUUUUCCAAUCGUUGAACUGGUAAACAGUCGAUCCUCAUGCGCGAAUCGUUUCCACUAUUUGUUCCCAAAGAUAUCGCGAACGUGCACGAAGAGCUUUCCUCCGUGAACUCUCGAUUGUCAGUUUGAUCUUUGCGGAAGCUCUUUGAAGAAUAGAAUUCUAACUCCUUCAGUCUUUGGUCUCUUCGAUGUCGGUUUUUAACAAUGCUGUUUUAUUAUCUUCGUUCAGAUAUUUAAAGUAAAUUCUGUUGCAUCUUCAUCGUUUUCAAUAAUCGUUUGCAACAUCUUCAACGUCUUAAAUGUCUUCACUUUUGUUUUCAACGAAUGUCUUCAGUCUUCAAUGUCUUAAACAUCGCUUCUGUUCAUUUUCUCCGGCCAUGCUCCCACAUCCUUUUACAAUAAAAAUGCUUGCCUCUGAAAAUUCAAGAAUUAAAUUUGAAAAUCAUUGUCGUUUCAAGGUCCAUCCUCGUAAGAUAAAAGACAGUUUCUCUAGAUUGAUUCGAGGCAAUCGUUCUCCAGAUGUCGGGGCGAGUACUCGCGAAUCGGCUCAGGAAUCGAGCGUGGAGGCCAGCAGCGUGGACGAGCCGCCGUCGCCGGAAGGACGGCUGCAACCGGAAGACCUCUCCGUCGCUACCAAGACCAAAGAGGUCAAAGACACUGGUGACAGUCUACCGCCUUUGAAAACGCCGGAAUUGAAACUGUCGGUCAGAAAAUUAUUAGGAUGCAGUCCUUCGCCGCCACCGAUUUCCAGAGAUCGAUCCACUAGUCCUGAAAACUGUGUCGAAUUGAAAUCUCAGAAUUCGAACGAGAAAUCGACGGAACACAAACUUCCGCAGCCGUCGAGGGCCUUGGUGCAGGGACAGGAAGAAGUUACCAAGGGUUCGAACUGCCGGAACGGCGGAAACGGAAACGGAAAGCAAAGAAGAUCUCGGACGAACUUCACCUUAGAACAGUUGGCCGAGUUGGAGAGGUUGUUCGACGAGACUCAUUAUCCCGAUGCGUUCAUGAGGGAGGAACUCAGCCAGAGAUUAGGUCUGAGCGAAGCUAGGGUUCAGGUUUGGUUCCAGAAUCGACGGGCAAAGUGUCGCAAACACGAGAGUCAACUGCACAAAGGGGUAGCAGGUGGAAUGGUGCUGGCACCACGUAGCCCUCCAACGAGCUUGGAACCCUGUAGGGUGGCGCCGUACCUACCAGCUCUGAGGUUGCACCCCCCGAUGCAGGGUGCUGGGGGAAACGUGACCGCGGCAGGUUCAGCUUUCGACCCCGCAGUCCUCCAUUACGCAGCAGCCGGUGGAUUAUUUUGUCUUCCUCCACCACCACCACCGCCGACUUCCGGUCACCCGCACCCUCAUCCCCUAAGUCUGGCGGCUUCUCUGGCAGCCGCUGCGGCUCGCUCGAAAAACAGCAGCAUCGCGGACCUCAGGCUGAAGGCCAGACGACACCAGGAAGCUCUGGGUCUCGACAGGCCCGCGUAAAAACUACUGCGAGCUCUUGUG